CACUUGAAGGAGUAGCAAGAAGACUUCUGCUUACCUGUCAGUUGUUGCUAAAUUCAUGUGAAUUUGUUAUUUGUUAGUUGCACCCCUGUCCUGACAGGAGGGAGUAUCUGGAGCAGUUUACAGCAUUUGUGUGAGAAUGGACAGCCAGGGAAGGAAAGUGGUGGUCUGUGACAAUGGGACAGGGUUUGUCAAGUGUGGCUUUGCUGGGUCCAACUUCCCCGACCACAUCUUCCCCGCCAUGGUGGGUCGACCAAUCAUACGAUCGAGCACCAAAGUGGGCAACAUUGAGAUAAAGGACCUGAUGGUGGGGGACGAGGCCAGCGAGUGUCGCUCACUGCUGGAGGUGUCCUACCCCAUGGAGAACGGGAUGGUGCGUUGCUGGGAUGAUAUGCUCCACCUGUGGGACUACACCUUUGGACGCGAUCGCCUGAACAUCAACCCCUCGGAAUGCAAGAUCCUGUUGACAGAGCCGCCCAUGAAUCCCACCAAGAACCGGGAAAAGAUCACAGAGGUCAUGUUUGAGAAGUACCAGUUCCACGGCAUCUACGUGGCGAUUCAGGCUGUUCUCACUCUGUAUGCUCAGGGUUUGCUCACCGGUGUGGUCGUCGACUCAGGGGACGGCGUCACCCACAUCUGUCCGGUGUACGAGGGAUUUUCCUUACCCCACCUCACACGCAGGCUGGACAUCGCAGGACGUGACAUCACACGCUACCUCAUUAAGCUCCUGCUGCUCCGCGGUUACGCCUUCAACCACACGGCUGACUUUGAGACUGUGCGUAUGUUGAAAGAGAAGCUCUGCUAUGUGGGAUACAACAUCGAGCAAGAGCAACGCCUGGCCACAGAGACCACUUACCUGGUGGAGUCGUACACGCUCCCUGAUGGCAGACAGGUGAAUGUGGGUGGAGAGAGGUUCGGGGCUCCUGAAGCCCUCUUCCAGCCUCACCUCAUCAACGUGGAGGGAGCAGGAGUGGCCGAGCUGCUGUUUAACACCAUCCAGGCUGCAGACAUCGACCUCAGAGCGGACUUCUAUAAGCACAUUGUCCUGUCAGGAGGGACCACCAUGUAUCCCGGCCUUCCAUCCAGACUGGAGAGAGAGAUCAAGCAGCUCUACCUGGAGAGAGUGCUGGACGGAGACACUCAGAAACUAUCAAAAUUUAAGAUUCGCAUCGAGGACCCUCCCAGACGUAAACAUAUGGUGUUCCUGGGUGGUGCCGUGCUGGCCAACAUCAUGAAGGACAAGGACUCCUUUUGGCUGAGCAAGGCAGAGUACGAAGAGAAAGGCCUGGGAGUGCUGCAAAAACUGGGAGGUGGAGUCAGAUAAAAAUAAAAUACUACCAAUAAUAAUAACUGAAAAAUGUCAAAUAAAUAUUUUAGGUUUUUUA